AUGAUGAUGAUGAUAGGGGUGGUGGUGGUAGAGGUGUAUCUCCUGGCUAACCCCAAUCCCGCUAUCUCCAACAGCAGCAGCAGCAGCAGCAGCAGCAGCAGCAGCAGCAGCAGCAGCGAUAUUUUGCUGCGGGGUAUAAUAGAUGAGCUGAGUCUGGUUGUUAGAGAGGACGUACACACUCCUCCUGCUGCUGCUGCUGCUGCUGCUCCUGCUGCUGCUGCUGCUGGUGCUGGUGCUUCUGCUGUUGCUGCUGCUGCCACUCUUGUUGCUGCUCCUGAUUCUGCUGCUCUUGCUGCUGCUGCUGCUGCUGUUGUUUCUAUAGAUCUACAGCUUCAUGGUGCAGCUGCUGCAGCAGCAGGAGCCGCAGCAGCUGCUGCAGGUGCUGCAGCAGCUAGCAGCAGCAGAAGGAGAAGAAGUCCUCGAGCCGUUUCAAUCACCUUUGCUGCUGCAAGGCAUUCAGGAGACGCAGCAGCAGAUGCAGCGCAUGCACUGCAGCAACAGCUAUCGCAGCAGCAGCAGCAGCAGCAGCAACAGCAGCAGCAGCAGCAGCAGCAGCAGCAGCAGCGAAACCCCGAGCCUGAAAACGAUGCUGCUGCUGCUGCAGCAGAUGCUGCAGAAGCUGCCCCCUCCAGCUGA